AUGCCCCCCUUCCCCGGCACAGGGGACAUCGAUCGCGAUGGGCGAACGGAUCUCCUUGUGCCGUUGGCCUGGCGAGACGACCUCCUUCAAAUGGCCGGCCCCCGGGCCACCAGUUACGCGGUGCUGCUGAACCGCCCGCGGCCCGAUGCGGCCGUCGCCGAGGAGGACCCGGACGCGGGCCCCCCCGCGGUGCCGGCCAGCAGCUCCGGUGCUCUCCUGGCGCGCGUCUUCCGCCACGUCAAUGACCCGGUCUUGCGGCGCUUGUCUGCCGGGGCCAGUGACGCCUGGCUGACGGACCUCGAUGGCACAGUGCGUGCUCCCUGCCUCGGGGGUUUGGUUUCCCCCCGGCAUGGAGUGGCCAGCUUGGCGUGGGUCCUUUCCUGUCCGUCGCAUUGA